UAUAACCGGUUACAUCGUUUUCUGCAAGGCGUUGCUUGUGCUCGUACCUGGAGUCACUUUCCGUCAGUAAAAACUCAAAGAAUGGAUCCGUCCUUUGUAAUAUAUCCGACAUAGUGUGUUGCCAGGAUGAAAACCUACCGGACUGGUGUUUUUGUUUUCUCGUUACGUCGCCAUUUCUUUGAUUACUCAGUCAUUAUAAACUGUAAACAUUGCGUAGUAUUUUUUUACUACGCGCGUACUACGAUGAAACUACAACUUCAUUCAUGAACUACCCGCCAAUGAAAUUCCCGCUAAAUUUCAAAAUGAUUGACAGAUAAAGCCUGGAGAGGAACGGCCUUUAGCAAUACAGGGCUCCCGGCAGUCUUAGACAAUUCGUAGCAACAUCAACAGCCAGUUUUCAAAGAGAUGGCGCGCGAUAAAAUGCUUCAACUUUCUCGACAAACGUUCGAUUUAUCAUUCGAAUGCCAGGAAACUACGAACAAAACUUCAAGGGAGAUCAUGCGUUUUAUAUCGCAAAAACCGAAUUACGAUGAAGCGGUAAAGACAAUCUUCUCGAUGAAGACUCAAGGUAAACAUGUCUUUAUUAUGAUUCCGAUGCAGGUUUUGAGCCAAGAGAUGUUAUUACUGAGUGCUAGGUUUUAUUUCAAGGGUGUCUGAGACAAAUUUACGUUAUUUUAUUCAGAUGCAUUUAGCGAACAACACAAUGAAAACGCUAUUUUUAAAACCUACAAAACCGAACUAUUUUUUCAUUAUGUGUCGAACAUUAUUCUAUAUCUGUUAUGUUAAAUCUUUGAAAAAUACGAUUCCGAUGCAGGUUUUUUCAUUUUCACAUUCGGAUACGGUUAAAAAUUCGUUUUAGGGUUACGCGUAAGUCAUUUGUUAACAAACUUCGUUGUUUCUUGAAAGCCGUUAGUUCAACUUCUGGUUAUUAGCGCGCAUGCGCGUGGUUCAAUAUUUCUGGCCAUGGCAACAUCAGCAUUCAGUCCACUGACUGAGGUAUCUAUCGCUGCUGCCGAUCUCCGGGUUUAAAGUCCCUUACAGCACUUUGAACAGGUGUCAACUCUCCCUGAUGUGUCAGCGGCGAGACUUGCGCCACGUGAUCAAAUGGCUUACGCUGAGCGUCGUGGUGGCAGCGACAAAAAUUGCGCAUGCGCGUUCAUCAGGCGACUGCAUCAAAGAAGUCAAUGAAAACUUCAAGAAAACACCCGAAAAAUACCUUCAUGGAUUCAACAUCGCCUUCCUUCUAGUGAGAAAUUCAUUUGAUUGCACUCUUGCGUGCAUGGAAGAUGACAAAUGUCAAUCAUUCAACUACCAAUUACAAAGCAGCACUUCUGAGCAUGCGUGCGAAUUGUCGAACGCCACCCACCGAGCAUCAUCCCUACUGUCCAGGGAGGGGUACGCGUACUAUGGCCCUGACCUUGACCUUCAGCCAGCCGUCUGUGUAAACUGUUCCCAUGGCAACUUGUGCGUCGAGUCAUGUGACAGCGAGCGUGAUUAUGAAUGCUUAUGCAAUGAAGACAGAACUGGACAGGACUGCUUAAAAUGGAAAGCAAACGCUGCCGAAUACGACGUGAAGUUUCCCGCUCGUAGCAACACGUCGCACAUGGUAGUAGAUGUGGUCAACAGUAUUACUGAAUUCACAGCAUGCAUAUGGAUCACUACUAGCACUAACGGUCCGCUGACCAUCUUUUCAUAUGCUGAACCCGCACAGAUUUCGCAAAUCGUGUUUGUCUGCGACAAUCGUGAGAAGAUGACGUCAUGCAAUCUGACAGUGAAUGGAGCCUCGCGUGAGAUGAAGUACUCGCAGCCUUUGAAAGGGGCCUGGCACCAUAUAUGCAUCAAAUGGAGUAGCACCGGUGGUAUAUGGUCCUUCUUUGUAGACGGGGCCAAAAGGGGCCAAGGUUCCACACUAAGCCCAGGGCACAAUAUCACGUCACCCGGUAAGCUGGUCAUUGGCCAGAUUCAAAAGGUGAUGGUCGGUGGUUUCGAUGCCAGCAAGUCCUUCGUCGGGGUGAUCAGUCGGUUUAACGUGUGGAGUGAGUUGAUCAGUGAUGGGGCCAUUGCAUUGCUGGCUCAGACAUGUGGUCGGGAGACUGGGAACCUUAUUGACUGGAGAGAGAUGAAGUAUCAAGGACGAGCUGACGUCAUCAUUCAAAAACCGACUUCGUGUCUCGGAGUGGCAGAAAAAGGCUAUGACCACGCCAUGCACUUCGUAACCAAGUCCGACUCGCGUUACGCCAUCGCCAAUACGAGUAUGCCCGACCUGACUGCACUGACGCUUUGUGUUACCCUCAAGACGAGUUUUAAUGUAGACGUCGUCCCCUUCUCUUACGCCUGGGCCGGCGAGUCGAACGGCAUUUAUAUCAUCAUUUGGGAUACUGGCAUCAGUUUUUUUAUCGACGGUUAUCGGACAGACAGUGGCCACGCCCUUAUUCGUGACCUCUGGAACAACAAAUGGCACACUGUAUGUCUCGCUUGGCAAUCCUCCUGUAAGAUGUGGGGCUACAUAGAUGGUGUUGAGGUUACAAACUCAUCGACAUUUGUGGAAGGAUCAACUGUCAGGGGAACAGGAGUUGCAGUUCUCGGACAAGACCAAGAUAGUUACGGCGGUGGUUUUCAACAAAGUCAAGCGUUUCUUGGUCUUCUCAAGAACGUGAACUUGUGGGACCGCGUGCUGACAGUUAAUGAAAUCAUCCAGAUCGCACAGGGGUGUGGCGAGGCACGUGGGAACGCAAUCAGCUGGCAAGAUCUUAGAUUCGCCUCCAGGAACAAGUUGCCGAUUAUACGUUACUCCGAUUGCGUCACAGCGAAUCAAUCAGACUUCAUGUUCACCAUCCCGUCGGGCGGUACAGACUUCGUCCAGCUCCCCACCCUACCCUCCCUGGGGAGGUUUACGGUCUGCCUGUGGUUGAAAGAGCGCGCCGCGGAGAUACUCAAAUAUGUGGUCAAUUCUUAUGUUGAGCUGAUGCUGAGUUUUAGCCAUGUGGGGGCCUUGAGUCUCCGCGUUGGCAACGUAGUAAAGAAUGAUUCCUUGACGAUCUUCCCAAGCAGCAUCUGGAAGCAUUUGUGCCUCACAUGGAACAACGAAGGGUCUGGUACCAGUCGUGUCUUCAACAACGGCGUAUUGCGCAUGACCCACAGCCCUCACGCGGGGGGUGUGACGCUCAAGGCUGACGGCUCACUUCGACUACUGAACUGCACGGUGACCCGCUUCAAUAUGUGGAGCGAGAUCCUGGCAGACGAGAUAAUACACAGCAUGUCCUUAGGACCGGGCUCAGAGACAGGUGACCUGGUGGCUUGGCGUGACGUCAUGACCAAAGGAUUCGGGAACACAAAACUGACCCUCACUCCAGAGGCAACAAACGAUGGAGACGAGAUGAACUAUGAACUGAUAUUCCCGAGCCAGUCCACUAACAACCGUGUCGGGUUCACUGGUAUGCCGUCCAUGACUUCCUUGACGACGUGCGCCUGGUUCAAGACUUCAGCCUUACUUAGCGACAUGUACAUUUUGCAGCAUGCGCACAGUACAGUAAUUGACAGCAUGCGACUCACUAUUUGGAAGGACCAGGAGAUCUUCUUCGGAGUAAAUAACACUAUAGAGUUUGUUGAUCUGGGUGUGUCAUUCCGUGAUGAUAAGUGGCACAUGCUAUGCUGGUCAUGGCGCAGCAGCGACGGAUUCUACAAGAUUUACCUGGAUGGGGCCACUAUUCAUGCGUCCUCUGGCUACCAGAAAGGGCACAGCGUCCCAUCCGGUGGGGUGCUAGUAAUCGGACAGGAUCAAGACUCGCUGGAGGGAGGUUACGACGCCAAACAGUCUUUCGUGGGCUCCCUGUCCGGUGUCAACAUCUGGCAGACGGUUCUGGGCGAUGACGUCAUUCAGGCUAUGAGCGCUGGGUGCAACAUGUGGAGCGGUGAUGCUGUCAGCUGGUUGCAGUUGCGCAGAGCUACGAUCACCGGCGUCACCAUCAAGCCGUACGCGGAGUGCUCUCUUCCCGGAGCAAUCGUACAGGGCCAAAGAGACGAGUGGUGCAACAAAGAAUAUUCCUCGCCCCCCCAAAACAGGCUGUACUCUACCGCUUUACGCUCUCUUUGACAAGGCCGACGGGAAUAAUACCAGAGAGUGGCGCUGUUACUAUAGCAACGCACUGACCGCAGACCUUGCUAGCAACCGAGGUUUUGUUUACUAUAGGGGAACAUGUCAUUACACAAGGCAUGCCAUGCUGACGUCCAUUAUCGAGUAGGUUUUCUUAGAAACGUCCCUGCGGUAUGAAAGCCGCGGACCUGGUCUUAGUCGUCAUUCACACUGUUAGACUACGUCGCGUGCAGAGUUCCGUAGAUAUCGCAAAAACAGAGCCGUAAACUAACUUAUGCAAAAAAUGUGCUGUAGAUAGAAGGCAUCAAAUUUUGUCCUCCAUAACAAGAACGACAAGAAAUGAGAUUGAAAAUCAAAUUCCAUAACAAUACGCCCGCAUGGAAAUAACGAAACCUGAAAACUUUUUUGCUUCUUGUUAUGGAUCUCUGCACUUUUAUACCGCAGGUCUAAAGUUUAUAAGGGGCACUUUGCACGACUAUAGCCAAAAAUGUGCGGAAAAUGAAAGACAUCAAAAAAACAAAGAAUCUUUUUGUUGACUUUGUUUCAUAAACUAGAAAGGUCAUUACAGAAUCAAUUUGGCAUUGUGCACUAUGGUAUUAUCAUAUCUGGAAGGCGUGUUGUCUUGGGGAGAUCCUAUAAUGCCGGUGACCCCAUUUGAGUGCGAAUUUCUCGUCUCUGUUAUGUCCUGUGCAACCAGAGCUGUAGCACGCCUCGAAAUAUUUGAAUAUUUGGGUUAGGGGGUUAGGGGGGGGGGGGGGGGGGGCUACGGGUCAUUUCCUUAUACAUAUUUUCUAAAUAUUGGAGGAAACGGGGCCGUGGCAGCGAUUGGGAGACAGGGGGCAUGUUCCCUCCAAUAUUUUUAAAAACCUAGGCACCCCUGAAUUUAUCCAUUAGCACCAUUUAUGUAAGAAACUGUGGAGGCGAGGUUAAGUACAAUUCUAGGCUGAUUAUAGAAGGCUACGUGGGGGCGUUUACUUGUGAUUUUAGCGUAAGCGAUUCCAUUUUGAUUGGACUAGCGAGAACUGGGAAGGGGAAGAGAAAAAAGAGCUCUCGCGCAGCAGUACAAAACAAGAAGGCGGUCAAGACUAGGCGUAUAGUAUGAACAACACAGCAAAACGCAGAAACAGCAAAACGUAGAAAUAGCGUUUAGGAGCUCACUUGAGCUAGCCAGCUGUAUGAUUCGUGAACUAAGGAUCGCACUUACGGAAAUGCCUUUCAAAGCGGCACACUGUAUGAAAUAAUAAAAUGAGUCAUGUGGAUCAGAACAA